AUGGCUAUCAAAAAAUCAUCAAAGAGUAAGGGAAAUGUCAGAAGAGAGGUAGCACCUGAGGUAUUCCAAGAUUCUCAAGCAAGAAAUCAGCUUGCCAAUGCACCAGUGGAGGCUGAGAAAUCACGUCUUAGAAGAGGAACGAAAUUACAGGUCAGUAAAGAACAAGCAAAGGCUAGGUUAUAUGGUGCCAAGAAAAAUCCAUCUAAGAAAAUUAAUGAGAAGGAUUUGGAUAUUCCAACCUUAAACAGGGCUAUUAUACCUGGUGUAAAAAUAAAGAGAGGGAAGAAAGGGAAGAAAUUCAUUGCAGAUAAUGAUUCACUUACUCUAAAUAGGUUGAUCAAAACUAUUGGAGAUAAAUAUGAUGACUUGACAGAAAGUAAAUUGGAAAAGGCUAGAAGAUUGGAAGAAAUCCGUGAGUUGAAAAGGAAAGAAAUGGAGAGAAAAGAGGAUGAUAAAAAAGAUAAACUAGAAGAAAAGAAAGAUGAGCUUAAGAAGAGCGCUUCUGCAGCCAGAAGUUUACGUAGGAAGAAUAAGAGGGACAUUGCAAGAGUAUCCAGAGAAGAAUUAGCAACAGAUUCCGAAAAGAAGAAGAAGAAAAAGGUUUCAUUUGCUUAA